GAGUGAGUAACUGGAAGUCGCAACCGGGGGACCCACUCAGUCACCACGAGAUCGGCAAGCCGAAUGGUCUACCGCGCCGGUGGUUCUUCUGGAAAGUUUGCGAAGAGUCAAUGGGAGCUCCAACAGGAAUUCUAAAUUAGGCCCGCAUCAUCCUUUCGAAUGUCAACGGGUGGGACCAUUCGCAGGACCUACCAGGAUCUUAUCGUGGCGCAGGUGGACAGCCGGUUGUGUUGCGUCAAUUGCAUCCUGACGUAAAACAAGCCGACCAAAUACGAAAAUUAUUUUGCAAAAACUCCGACGAUGUGGAGAUUUCUAGUGCGCUGUUAUGUCACCUUGACAUCCAUCUGACGCACAAUAACUUUGGUGCAUCUUUCGCGAUCUCAACUCCUGAGUAUCGCGAGACUACGAUAUCCUCGCGUGACAGUUUGUCGUCCGGCGACGGUGGACGAUAGCGAACAAUAACAACAUUAUUUUCGGAGCAAUUCCAAACACCGAUUCGCGGAGAGAUCGCGGAGUGCGCAAGUGGAUGCGAGCGGAAUCUAUCGCCCGGAGCAGCCGAGCACUUUCCUGCAGGAGGACAAGGAAGAGAUGAUCUUCGAUCUGCUGGUGGCCGGAGCCUUUGCCCUCGCCACACUAAGGCGGUUUUCGGUGGCAUGGAUAAUUUUCCUCUUCAUUCUGAACUCGGAAUUUCAACUGUACUCGGCUUCAGGAAUUUGCGAUCCACCUAUCCGCGUAGAGAGUAAUAUUGCAGAACCCUGGUUACAACCCUGUGGUAUCAUACUGACAAGUGUGACCGAAAAUACGACGGAUUGGCAGCAACGGCACAAAACGCACAAAUCCUUGCAUACAGUGCGAACGUCGAUGCGAGUCGCAAAUCACACCUACUUUACAUGUUUCAAAAAGGAGAUGCAGGACAUACACCAGAAUUUUACAGAAUAUAUGCCAAGUCAGCAGUACAAAUUUGAUUGGUUGCCCAAGGGGCUACUCAAACGGUAUUGUAGAGAACUUUUGUGCCUGGGAAAGGAUCAAAAAGCUCAGCAUCUAUUUCCAUAUUUAUACGAUAGUCUUCAAAAAUACGCCAUUACGUUUCAUGAACUUAAAAAAUUUCGUCUCAAUUCAAAUGUCGAAACUACUGAAAUCAUACAGUCUCGGAACAGGAUAAUUGAAGUAAUAUUAAAUCAGAUUCUUCAGAUGAUGUGCGAAGUUCAGACCGCUAUGUAUAAGUUGCAAAUCCAUCUUCCUCCUCCGAACAAUGUAACGAUAAUAACAUCCGAAUUUUGGUCUAAAGAGGGCGGCGUAACUCAAAUGUUGGUUCAAGACUGGGGAGUGUUAAAAAUGUAUAAGGAUUCUUUGAAAGAUUGGUUAGCAACAAUACGCAACGCUUUAAAUAACACGCUACCCGUUGCUUGCCAAAUUAAAUCACAAAACAAAAAUUUUCGAAGACGAUGUAUUUUGAGAAAGAGGCAUCAAAAAUUGAAAAUGAAAAAAAGGAUCAAAUCAAUAAAGAAACAGUUUCCGUGUGGUCGACAUAAUUCCUCGAAUCGAAUAUCGAGGAGAAGAUUAAAUUGGAAUAAUUAAAAGAAAUUUGUACUAACGGGUAUACAUUACGUUUCGAUCUAAGAAAUCUUUGCGUUUAAAAAUAAGGGAAUUUUAGGGAAUAGGAAGCUAAGAUAAGCCUUUAUUUUUAUACGUAGAGCCAUUUUUAUAUUUUUUUUUUUUUUUUGCGUUUGAUAUCGACAAGAUCUGCUGAUCAUUUAAAGACAUACCGCUCCUUACAGUAUCAAUCAUGUACUUAUAUCAUACUAACAUAACUUCGAUAUUUAUUCCAUCGUCGCGAUCAUUCAUUCAGAUAGUUUUACUCGUUUAAUAUUUUUCGUAAGUUUGUCAAUAAAGAACCGUGCCUGAUAUUGUAUUAAGAUUAGAUAUCUUAACAGCCAUGAAAAACAUUCGCUUAAUUUGAUAAAUAUCUUUCCAGUACCUAAUAUCGCGAAUCAGGUUUUGAUUAUGGUAAUACAAGUUGUUUAUCGAUAACACGGCAUACUAGAGACUACAGUAUUAAGAGAUCUACUUCAGAACAGUAUUAUAUAUAUAUUCAAUAACAUACAGAAUGCCGACAUGAUCGAUAACAUUGAUAAAAAUAUUUUGAAAUACCCGGUGCAUAUUUUAGAUUCGUGAAAUAUCAGUUCAAUAAAUUACAACCGCGGCUAAGUGCAUCUGAAAUUCGCAAUCGUAUCGUGCGUAUGCGUGCAAAAGGCAUAUCAAAAGCCCAUUCUCAGGCACUCAGCUAUCCGAAGACAACGAAAAAUAUGUUAUGGAAAUGUGUAUCGAAAAGAAAGGAAAGUACAAGAAAAAGGAUAAGUUUAUAGACGCAUUUCGCAUGUCCGAUCGGCCGUCUUGUGCACGAUAUAUUUAUAUCGAUAUAUUAACAUAGAUUAUUAAGGCUUACGAUCAAAACGGUUUGUUAGACACGAGGCUCGAUUAAAUCGACGAAAUCUACGCGACAUGCAGGUAUCGAUAGCAUGUGAAAGGAUCAACGACGAAUUUUUAGGCUGUUCGUAAAACCUAUUUAUUCUAGCUUUACCUAGCACUACUUAAGCGGAUGACGAGCUUAAUAUUGUUUAGCUGUGAUAUCCCGAGUGUACACGGACAUACAGAGUUCCUACGUUUAUACAUAGGCAAAUAUACAUAUAUAUGUACAUAUAUACAUAUAUAUGUAUAUACAUAUAUAAAUAUCGGUAUCAUGCAUUGAUAUGUACCGAUAUUUAAAUGAGAUUCUCUCCUCUUUUCCGGUGUGUCUAUAGAAUCUCGCCUUGUCAUGCGAACACAUGACAAUUUUAUCUUUUAUAAUUAAUCCGUUGAUCGUACGCAUGCGAGAAAACAAAGGAUUAUUAGGAAUUUUAAGAAAAUUCAUUUGAUUUAAUUUUUCCUGAGCACCAGCAUGUGCGCGACAAGAUCCUUUACGGUCGAUUUAAAUAUAUUUGUGUAAAUCUGAUGUUUUUUAUACUGAAAUAUAUGAUACUUAAAUUUACGUUAGUGUCUUAACGUUACACAUAAUUUUGUAUUACAUAUGCAGACGUGCUGCGACUCAAAUUACUCGUAGUGCAUUUGUUCUCUUAAGUAUACAUUCUUAUGCAUUUUAUCCAGUAUAGAUAUGUAGUAUAUUUAUUCGAUUGUAUAUGCAUACUUAUACAUACAGCGUUCUGUUCUAUUUAUUGUACACCACGUUACCAUUGCAUAUACUAUUUAUUGUCAUUCUUUUACUUUUAUGUAAUCGCCUCGAAUAAAUCCCAAUGUUUUGUAUCAAAUUGAAGUUUGAAUGACCUUAAUAACUCACAUAAUAAU